AUGGCCAUCUCCGACAAGACCUCCGACAACAGCAAGACCCAGCAGGAGUUCACCAAGCUGCAGGAUCAGCUCCGGAACGGCGCCACCGAGGCGGCCGGCUACCUCGACUCGCUCAAGAGCAAGUUCACCGACUACGACAACUCGCACAAGUCCUCCAAUGAGACGGCCACGUCCUACUUCCAGGCCGCCAUGGACCGCGCCAGGGAGUCCGUGGACCAGCUCAAGAGGACAGGGGAGGACAUCCGCACGCAGGGCAACAACGCCUCGGACUCCGCCGUCGACUUGGCCAAGCGCUCGAUGGACCAGGCCGGAUCGGCCCUUGACGACCUCGGCAAGUCCGCGCAGGACUACGACCGGCGCCUGCGUGACUCCAUCAACUCGAGCGUGGACGACGCCAAGGACAACGGCUCGCAGACGCUUUCGUCCUGGCAGGACUCGAUCUCGUCGCUCGUCAACUCGACGCGAGAGGCCACGUUCCACGGCUUCGAGGCGCUGCAGAACCAGAUCACGGCGACGCAGAAGGCCAUGGCGGACCAGGCGCAGUCGGCGCAGACGGCCGCGUCGAACGCUGCCAGCGGCCUGGCCAACAAGGCCUCGGACGCGUCGGACAAGCUCAAACCCACGGACACGAAGACGAACGACCAGGACGGCCCAACGCUGAUGGAGCGUGCGACGGGGGUCGUGUCCUCGUCGCUCGACUACGUGACCAGCGCGUUCCAAGGCUCGUCAGCGGAAGACGCGAACCAGAAGACGUCGGGCACCAAGAGCUCGUAG